CGUGUAUACUUUGAUGAUAAUCAAGGCGGAACUGCGGUUUGGGGAGCGGUUCGUCUGUAUAAGUAUACCCGUUCGCUCUCUCCUCUCAACACUGUAUCCGGAUAGUACUUACCGGAACAAAGGCAUCAAGCAUUCCAGUUCAAAAUGGCGAGGAGAAAGAUUCCAAAGGAAGUACAGGCCGUUUUUGAUCGUUAUGUCAGCGGUACUGCCAAGCGUCUGGAUGAAAAAGAAGCGCUGGAUAUGUUGCAGACGGAGUUUAGCCUCUCUGCAGAUGAAGCUCAGAUUAUGUUUGAUUCGUUUGACAAAGACAAGAACAAGAUCAUGAGUAUUUGGGAGUUUCAACAGUUCUACGAGACAGCUGGCAGCAAUGCUACUGAAGCUGUUAAGUGUUUUCACGAUCUCGAUUCUGACGGAAGUGGAAAACUGGAUCCGGAAGAGGCGAGAAAAGGGCUGGAGGGAAUGAAGACAGGAACCGGAAGAUGUUUAGAAGAAAAAGAAAUCGAUUUUUUCAUGAAAACUGCAUCUGACGAUGAUGGUAUGCUGGACAUUGCUAUGUUUGUGAGCCUUCUACAUAGGCUGAAGUUGUACAAGUCCCCACCACCGCCCAAAAAUGUUAAAUGUCACGUGUUAGGCGAGAAAUGAUUUGUUAAACCAUGGAAUAUCAACUGAGGGCGAUCAACACCAAUGUUACCGCAGACAGUUAUUUAUUUAUUCAUUUCUACUUUGAAUGUUCAAAUCUUUCAUUGCAUUGUAUUUCAUCAUUAUGAAUCAUUUAUCAUUUUUUAUUUUUUUUUAUUUAAAAAAGUUAAAUUACAUUUGACAUUCUUAAAUGCUUAUAUAAAACAGGUUGGUGAUAUGAUGCGGAUUGGUAAUACGUGUUACACAAUUUGUUUAUAAUUGUAAAAACAUUUCAACGCAUCGAUGAAAAUUACACAAUUUUAUCAUGCAACAAGACGAUACAAAAUUUUUAUUGCACUGUAUUCAUAGCUUGAUCGUAAUAAUUUCUAUAAAAAAAGGAGUUUGCAUUUCCAGUCCUUUGGAGUCAUAAAGUUGUCAUUAUUUUUAAAUGUAUUAUUACGUUAUGUCAUGAUUCACAUAACAUUUCGUGAAUAACACUACUCAUUGUUAUUUUUCUACGAUUAUAAAUCACCAGGUAAAUAAACGUUGUUUCUAAAUACAAUGUC